AUUCAUCAUGAGAAAAAUGCCACAAGAACAUAUUAAAAAUACUAAAAACCGCAUUUUCAGUGGAGUGGGACUUUAACUGGAGACUUAUCUCCUCUACCAAAGGUUCUGGCUCAACCUCUUCUUCUUUGGGAGAAAACAUUUGGUGGCGUGACGUAAAGAUCAGAACCUUCUUUUCUUAGAGAAUCUGAAAACUCACUUUGACAUGAAGUGUGUGUGUGUGUGUGUGUGUGUCUGUGCCCAGGGCUCCUGUUUCUCACACUGACCUAUUUAUGUGAAGCUGAACUAAGAUCCAGGUUGACAGACAUAGCAACAACACACACAAAGAUGCACUUUCUCUCCGUUUAUUAUUAUUAUUUUAACUUUUCAUUUCAGACGAGUCAAAAAAAAUUAAAAAAAUUAAGCAGUGAUCAAUAAAUUGAUAAAACAUAGGAGGCCCGUUUGAGCUAAGUUCCUCUGGGCCCACACAGAGAGAGAAAAAAACAUGUGUCACCUUCAAAUCGUUCCCCACUCUCUUGGCAACCCUCGAACCUUGAAAGGGUUCCUUUGUUUGUCUGGCACAAAAGCUAAGGGGGGGUCACAUGGUCACCGACUGGCACACACUGGCAAAGAGAGGGAAAGAGCGAGAGGUGGAGAAGGGGGUAACGCUGGCGUUUCUUUGAAAGUGGAAGGAAGAGGUUGGAUGAAGAGAUGGGUUUGCUUUCAUUCGGAUCCAUGAUUCUCACGGUCAUGAAGUGGAGAUGUGUGCUACCCGUUUACUUUCUAGAGAGCCUCCAGAGCAAACUGCGGCUAGGCACCGGCUCGUCCUCCAGCCUGACCGACCUGUCGCCGCCAAAAGCGUCGGCGGGAGGGGCCGAAAAGGGCGGGAACGUGAGCGGGCUGGCAGACGACUGCAGCCGGGACAAGGGGACCCAACAGAGGAGGGCUGGUGCCAAUGCCACCUGGAACAGCAUCCACGAUGCCGUGAUCUCCGUUUUCCAAAGGAAGGAGCUGGGAGAAAACGAACUCUACACUCUGAACGAAGGUGUCAGUUGCUGAAGACGGAGCUGGGCUCCUUCUUUACCGAGUACCUCCAGAACCAGCUCCUCACCAAAGGGAUGGUCAUUCUGAGGGACAAGAUUCGCUUCUAUGAAGGUCAGAAGUUGUUGGACUCCUUAGCAGAAACCUGGGACUUCUUCUUCUGUGAUGUUUUGUCCAUGCUGCAGGCCAUCUUCUAUCCAGUUCAAGGAAAGGAGCCAUCUGUCCGUCAGCUGGCGCUUCUCCACUUCCGGAACAUCAUCGCUCUCAACUUGAAGCUGGAUGAGGCUCUGUCCCGACCUCGAGCACGAGUCCCUCCCUCCAUCAUUCAGAUGCUGCUAAUACUACAGGGUGUCCACGAGCUGAAAGGUGUAACAGAAGACUACCUUCGUCUGGAGGCUCUCAUCCAAAAAGUCAUCUCUCCUUACCUUGGGACUCAUGGCUUAUUUUCCAGAGACGGAUCCUCCAAUCUGCACUGCUCGUCCUGCUGGUUAGAAAAGAACCUGCAGGACUCUUUUAACUCCAAACCGGGAAACUCUCCGAUCGUCAAGAACCCAGUGGUCCGUUCCAAGAGCUACAACGUUCCCAUGCUGUCUCCUUUAGUGGAGUACGACCCCGACGCCUCGGCGGGAAGCGGAGCAAGCAUUAGACGUCACUCCGUCUGCGAGAUGCCCUCGUGCGUGGAGGAGAGCAGCCCCUUGGCUAAAAUCGUUGCUAGGAAACUCGAGAAAAGCAGCACGCCCAGCAUCGCCAGCCACUCCUCCACAUCCACGACGUCUGCUGCUCUUUCAGACUCUCAAACCUCUAACCAAGACCUGCAGACCCCAGACCCCAGCAGUCCAUCAGUGCUGCACCUUCUGCAGACGCAGCAUCAUUCCCCAUCCAUCCUCCCCUCUGCGUCCUCCGAGGAUUCUCGCUGCACCGACUCACCGGAGUUCGACUCCCCCUCGUCCUCCAAAUUACUUGCACAAGACACGAGCUCUGGUCCGAGUCCGGCGUCCAGUCCGGAGGUCACGAUGGAUCACAACACGGCGUCUCUGGACUCGGAGCAGGAGCACGACGGAAUCUUUCUGGACUUUUCGCGACAUUGCUCUGGAGACUCCACCCACAGCGGCCAACAAAGCGUGUGCUGACGCGAGCAGAACCGCACUCACACUGGAUACCAGGCAUUUCUCACCAUGAGACUCUUCCAGAAACGCUUCAUUGAGAGUGUUUCAAACUCCUUCCAUCAGAUGUCUCUAUCUCUAGAUUCUGGAAAAACUGUAAUUGAAACUGUUAGUUCUGCUCACGUCACCAGAGCAUCACUCCUCCUCCUCCUCUGGAUGAUUCAAAACUCGCCUGAAUCCUGAGUGCAAAUGUUGAAACUUUAAAUCAAACACCACUGGACUAUUGACUUACAGAUCAUUGUGACCUGGACGACUUGACUUGUACACCAGCAUAGUGCUAAACAAAGAAAAUCAAUAUAUUUUAUUAAAUAAGACAAAUGUUUAUUUCAAUUCUGCUUUUAAUGAAUUAAAAACUAUUAUCUAGUUUCUGUGAUUCUCUUUUUCUGUCGGAAACGAGUGCAAAAACCUUUAUUAGGGGAGCAAUUCUGGAAGAAAAAAAUGAUUUGUUUCAUUAAAAAAAAUCUAAAAUUCUUACAAUUUCCUUGUAAAAAAAAAAAA